AUGAAGGGUUUAGGUGCAGCUCUAAUCCAGAAUGGAAAACCAAUUGCCUUUGCCAGCAAAGCCCUAACUGACACAGAAAAGAGGUAUGCAAACAUUGAGCGAAACAGAAUACUAGUACCAGAGAAACUAAGACCAGGCAUCCUGAAAAAGCUCCACAUCGACCACCAAGGUAUAGUCAAAACCCAACUACGAACAAAAUUAUCUGUGUUUUGGCCCGGAAUUAACCGUAAUAUAGAGGAUGUGGUCAAAGGCUGCAUUGUGUGUCAAUCACACAUGAAAUCACAGCAACCAGAACCAUUAAUGCAGUACAAAAUACCUGAAGGACCUUGGCAAGUCGUCGCAGUAGACUUGUUUUAUUUUCAUAGAGAUGAAUACCUUGCUGUCGCUGAUUAUUACUCCAAAUUUCCUUUUGUAAAAAAGAUUGGAAAACGAAGCACCAGCAUGGCAGUCAUCAAGAUGACUAAAUCUCUAUUCAGUGAGCAUGGUAUUCCAAACAAAGUUGUAAGCGACAACGGUCCACACUUUAGCAAUACAGAGUUCCGACAAUUUGUGAACGAGUGGGGGAUUGAACAAGUAACAUCCAGCCCACACUACCCAAGAAGUAAUGGGUUCAUUGAAAGAACCAUACAAACAGUGAAAAGCACACUACAGAAGUCAAAAGACAGUGUUUCAGACCCAUUCCUAGCGCUAUUGUGA